UGUCAACUUUAAAAUAGCCUCGUUUGAUUCCCAUAGUUCCUGAGACUAAGGAGAUUACUCUAAUUCCAGUAUUAUAUUACCGAAAUAGUACUGUUUUAGGUAUCAGAGCAUAUCUUAGCCAUUUUAAUGAAUAUUUACCUUGGAAAAAGAUUUCUUCAUAUAAGACUCAUCUUAUAAGGACAUUAGCAAAUAUAAAUCAGCCCAAGUGAAUGAAAGGCAGCUGAUAUUUUGCUUAAAUCUUCUCUAUCUAAACUAUUCAUCCUGUUGAUUACAACGGCCACUAUGGGGACUUAUCCUAAAGAGAUAUGGUGAGACAGGAGCAAACCUUAUUGAUCUAAUAUUAUUCUUAUUCUAUCUCAAAAUCUAUCGUACCACUUCUAGAUUUUAUUUCUUCCUUUCAUUAUAUUCAUGAGGCUGUCAGAGACAUACUUUCGGAAUAAAGAUCUAGAUUGGGCUCGAAAUCUCUAAUUUAUAAAUUACUAACAGUUGAGUUAUUCACAUGUAAUUCUUAGGAAUAAGUCAUAGUCGUGUUAAAACCUGUAUAACUUUUUAGUAUUUGGGAAUAAGAAUUUAUAUAUGGGGCGCCAAAGUUGAUAAUUUCUUAUUAACAUCCUUGUUGCACUCAUAUCAAAUUCUAUAAUCUUCGGUUCGGAUAGUUAUAAUUAGAUGGUGGAAAUACCAUAAUUUUGGAGAUCCUGAAUUCCUGACUGGGGCUAUAGACACAUGCAAAGUUUGAUUGAAAAUCAUACGAAGAAGAUCAGCGGUGAACAAGGAGGUAUAGAUGCAAGCUCCAAGAUGGACAAAGAGAAGAAAGCAGAAAUUAUCAACCAGAUGAAAGAAGAAGUCCCGGUCGUACUUCUGAACCAAUGGCUAGAUAUCGAGCCAGAGAAAUCAGGAUUUGCCAAAAUUGACAACUGCAAGCUCAAUGCUGAGGAAUAUUCGGUCUAUUCAGAUGAAACUAUGUCUCAAGGUAUAAGCUUUAAGAGUAGCGCUGUGCUGAAGGAUAUCGCUAAGAGGAAGAGUAUGAUGAUGAAUAACAGUAAUCAAUUUCAGGAAAAUUUAUUAAAAAUUGACCCCAAGAUGCAAGCUAACCUCACUAGAAAACUAACUGUGAACACUAGCAAUAAGAUGAACAAGAGCAAAUUUGAGAGUAGUGCAAGAGAUAUAGAGUGUAUCUCAGAGAUCUCUUCUGAUAAUUCAGAAAGCUUUUUGGCUGCAAGUCCAAUGCCAAGUGUGGAGAAAUAGCUCCAGAAAUAACUCUGUUUCACAGUCAACUUUCCGCAAGAAUGCUAACUUAAAGCACAAUGGGCAACUCAAAAUAGAAGAAAGAGAAAUAAGAGUAGAUCCUCCAGAUUCUCCUAAGAAAAUUGAGACAGCUUCGCUUUUCAAGAUGGCUCAGUGAACUCCAAUAAAAUUAAAAUCGAAUUCAGAAACCAAGCGUGUAUCUAAGAAUGCUCACAAGUUCUAUCAGAGUGCCAAAGCUAAUGAUACAAGAGUGAUGAAUGCUAGCAAGAUUGGGUCGACACAUCCUCCCCCUUCGGAUAUAUUGAUACACAAAAGAAGAAGAAAUUGUCCUCUAUUUGGCCACCAAAAUGUAUCAAAGAAGAUUUUUAGAGGAAAGAAGAUUAAUGAAAUUCUGGAAGUUGAUAGAUACAUCCAUAUGAGAAAUGCACCUAAAGGGAGCAAAAUAGCUCAGCCAUCUAACACGUUUAUUCCACUUCAAAGAAAAGACUCAAAAGGUUUUGACAAACCAGAGUUUAAUCUGCCAACGUUUGAUAAGAAACCACAAGUACAGAAAAAGGCUAGCCUUAGUCAGACGAAGUAUCAUAUCAGAAUUUCUAAGAAUAUCAAAGGGAUGCCUCAAAGAUUAGAUGACUUUACUUUAAACUCUAGAACAAUGAAGAAACUACAGACACCAAUGGUUAACAAGAUAUCAGACAUUAAGGUGGACAUGACUUCGGAUAUAUUCAAAGCCUGGGGAAAGAGUAGGCCCAAGAUAAAGAUCGAACUCAAUAACUACACGACUAAUAAUCGCAAGAGUCGAGAGAGGAAAUUUUUCUAUUAUCCUAAAAAUAUACAGAAGGCAACUAGUCAGAGUAAGAACCUCAAGUGCUUCCCUAUCCAGAAUAGAUCCAUGCUGCAACAUGGAGGACAGUUGUUGAUCAAAGGAAAAGGAUUCAGAAAUUCAAUGGUCCCAAUUCGUACGAAGAAAUAAUUACACCUCUGG